UCCUCCUCACCGUCUCCCUGUCUCUCUCUCCUUACCUCCAACGUCCAAUUUCUUUAUAGUUAUGGGGACUAUAGGGGAUGGGUCCCAUCCCUCCCUCCCCGACUCCCUCUUCCUCCUGUUUCCACGCACGCGCGCGGCGACCACCACCAUUAUUACCGCCACGCCGGGGCGCUGGGCGACCACCGGCGCCGCUGGAAUGGCCCCCCCGAUGGGCCGCCGCCUCCUCUCCUCGGCGUCCUUCGGGGAGGUGCGCUCGGAGGCCGACGGCUGCGAGCUCGACUGGCCCUUCGGGGGGCUCGACGCCGUCGACCGCGACGAGCUCCGCGAGACUGCCUACGAGAUCUUCUUCACCUCCUGCCGAUCCGCUCCCGGCUUCGCCGGCCGCUCCGCCCUGAACCUCUCCCCGGCCGACGAGGGGGCGGCGUCCAAGCCGGAGAAGGCGGCGCCUGGUGGAGGAGGGACCCAGAUGGUGGUCAAAAGCCGGAUCAAGCGCUCGCUGGGGCUCCGGACGAGGCGGGUGAGGGCCAUGACCCAGAUGGGCUCCGCGGCGGCAGGCGGAGGAGGAGGGGGGACCGCCUCGCCGGUCAAGGUCAAGCGCCCCAUGACGUCGGCCGAGAUCAUGCGCCAGCAAAUGGGCGUCACCGAGCAAAGCGACAAUCGCCUCCGGAAAACCCUGACGCGAAGCCUCGUCGGUCAGAUGAACAAAAAAGUGGAGACGAUCAUCCUUCCUCUGGAGCUCCUCCGCCAUCUCAAACCCUCGGAAUUCAAUGAUGCGCAUGAAUACCACCAGUGGCAGCGCCGGCAGCUCAAUAUCUUGGAAGCAGGCCUCCUCUCGCACCCCUCGGUGCCUCUGGACCAAAAGAAUGCCGCAGCAGUACGUCUCCGAGAGAUCGUCCGAUCGACCACGGUCAAGCCCGUCGACACGAGCAAGAACUCCGAGGCCAUGCGAGCCUUGAACAACUGCGUCGGCACCUUAGCUUGGCGCAAUCCUAAUAGUUCUCCCAUGGAAGCAUGCCAUUGGGCUGAUGGCUACCCCCUCAACAUUCACAUCUAUCUGUCCCUCCUCCGGUCCAUCUUCGAUCUCCGGGAUGAAACCGUGGUCUUGGACGAAGUCGACGAGCUCGUCGAGCUGAUGAAGAAGACGUGGACCACCUUGGGGAUCAAUAGGAUGAUCCACAAUGUGUGCCUCACUUGGGUCCUCUUCGAGCAGUACGUCAUGACCGGGCAAGUCGAACCGGACCUGAUAACUGCAACACUGGCGAUGCUGGUCGAGGUGGCCAAUGACGCAAAGAGGCCCGAUCGGGAGCCUGGCUAUGUCAGGGUCUUGUCUGCCGCAUUGGCUUCCAUGCAGGGAUGGGCGGAGAGGAAGCUUUUGGACUAUCACCAAGGGUUCGAGGAUGGUGCCGUGGGGAUGAUGGAGAAUGUGCUAUGCUUGGCUCUCUCCACCGCAAAGAUGAGAACCGAAGACAUUUCGUGCAAUGAAAGCUCACCGAUGCUGGUCGAGCGUCGCAAUAAAGCUCCCAAUAACUCAUUCUCAGGGAAUCGGGUUGAUCGCUACAUAAAGUCUUCUAUCAAGAACGCUUUUACUAGGAUAUUUGAGAAUGGCGAUGGGAGAGUCGACAGCAUGGUUGUAGAAGUAGAAGAGGAUCCGAGCGAGAUUCUGAUGCAGCUCAUCAGAGAAACUGAGAACUUGGCCAUGGUGGAGAAAGAGACCUACAGCCCCAUACUGAAGAAGUGGUAUCCAGUUCCAACCGCUGUUGCACUGGUGACCCUCCACAACUGCUUCGGCAUCGUGCUGAAGCAGUACAUCUCGAGGAUCACUGGCCUGACCAACGAGUUGGUUCGGGUCCUUCAGACCGCCACAAAACUAGAAAAGGUGUUGGUUCAGAUGGUUGUGGAGGACGCUGCGGAUUGCGAUGAUGGUGGGAAGGGGAUUAUCAAGGAGAUGGCUUCCUAUGAAGUGGAUACCAUUAUCUUGAAUCUUAUGAGGGCUUGGAUAGAUGAGAGGUUGAAGAUUGGGAAGCAGUGCGUUAGCAGAGCUAAAGAUAACGAGAAUUGGAACCCGAAGUCCAAGGCAGAGCCAUAUGCACAGUCUGCCGUUGAUUUGAUGAAGCUGGCGAAGGUGACUGUGGAUGAGUUCUUCGAGAUCCAAGUUGGGGCACGCGAUGAAUUGGUCCAGGUCCUUGCCGAUGGUUUGGAAGCCCUGGUCCAGGAGUACACUUCAUUCGUUGCUUCAUGUGGCACAAAGCAAACCUACGUGCCGGCGCUGCCCCCACUGACUCGAUGCAACCAGGACUCCAUGCUCCUCCAGUUGUGGAAGAAGGCCGCCGCCCCCUGCCAAGCCGGCAUGGACCCCUGCACCGUCCCCGUCAAGGCGGUUGGCGGCGGCGGCGGCGGCGGCGGCGGCGGCGGCGGCGGCGGCGGCGACCAACCCAACAAGCCCCGCUCGUCCACAAGCCGCGGCACCCAGCGGCUCUACGUCCGACUCAACACCCUCCACUACAUCCUCGCCCUCCUCCACUCCAUCGACAAGUCCCUCUCCUUCUUCUCCCGCGCCGGCCACUCCCCCUCACCCCGCAGAACUCCCCUCGGCAACCACCAGUGCCGACGCCGUAUCAUCGCCCCCACCCACUUCGACCUUGCCCGCACCGCCAUCCAUGCUGCCAUCCUCCAAGUCUCCGAGGUCGCCGCCUACCGCCUCAUCUUCGCCGACUCCGCCUCCUCCUUCUACAACUCGAUCUACGCCCACUCCGUCGCCGAAUCUCGCAUCCAGCCCACCCUCCGAGCGCUGAAACAAAACCUGAGCCUCCUCGUGGCCGUGCUCACCGACCGGGCGCAGCCGGGGGCCAUGCGAGAGGUCAUGAAGGCCUCCUUCGAGUGCUUCUUGACUGUUCUAUUAGCUGGCGGGCCUGCUCGUGCGUUCACGAGGUCAGACUACGAGAUGGUGGUGGAGGACUUCGGGAGCUUGAAACGGGUCUUCUGCUCGUCGGGGGAGGGCCUGGUGGCGGAGGAGGUGGUGGAGAAGGAGGCGGCACCGGUGGAGGGGGUGGUGGCACUCAUGGGGCUGCCGACGGAGCAGCUGGUGGAGGAUUUUAGCAUGAUGGCAUGCAAAGCGGGCGUGGGGGGCGCAGGAGGCCAAAGGAUACUGCCGAUGCCGCCGACUACUAGGAAAUGGAACCGCUCGGAUCCGAACACGGUGCUGAGGGUGCUGUGCCACCGGAACGACGAUGCGGCCAACCGCUUCUUGAAGAAGACGUUCCAGUUGCCCAAGAGGAGGUGAACAAAUAUAUGUCCAUGUUGUUGCACCAGCGCUGAUCCUUCCGGAGAUUGGUCUGUGGAUUCUCUGACUCCAGCUCGAAGCUAGAGCUAAUGGAUGUCUUUUCUGUGUAACGAAGUAGAAUGGAAGGAGGGAAAUGGGUUGAGGGUGCUUUGUCACGUUGGUGUUCCUCUGGGAUGCUUGAUCCUAAUUCGGUGAUACUCUUAUGAUCGGAUUUUUUUCUCUUUCAGCAAAAAGAAAAUGAAAGCGUAUAUUACAGAGCAAUGCUUUAAAA